AUGGCGAGAGCAUGGGGAAACAUCAAGCAAGUAACAAGAACCAACAGGCCAAUGCUCAAGUUGAGGGUGGUUCGGGUCUUCUUAAGGACUAAUCAAUACUCAUCCUACAAAAACCUUCUUGAAAUUGUCUUUCAUGACAAUGAGGGCGGUCAAAUUACUGGUAUAGUAAGAGCAAUCAACAUCCCAACUUUCAAGGAUGAAUUCGAAGAAGGUGCUGUCUAUGCAUUUCGAAAUUAUCAAAUACAUCCCGUUCAAAUGAAGAACGUCAAAGGAGUACAAACUCGCAUGAUAGCAUUCUCACUAAUGGAUCCGGAGGGAAACAUUCUGCCCUGCACUCUAUGGGGGACAUAUGUUGACCAAUUCCUCAACUAUGAGAAUCAGCUUGCCCACAAUGGCAAUCCUUGGCCUUUGAUAAUUCAAUUAGUGCGUUCAAGAGAAUGGGAUGAAAAAGUGCAAGUUACAUCAUCAAAGGAUAUCACAAGGCUAAUUACUGGACAAAAUAUUCCAGACAUUGUGGGAUUUGUCAAUAGAGCUGCUGCCGGCCCACUUUCAAGGACCCGCUUAAUUUCAAAGAGUGCUAUAAUUGUGAAAUCUGAACUUCAAGAGUUGGCGGAUGGUGAUGUUGUUGUGAGUGCUGUUGACUCACUAUUUGCUACUGCCGAGGAAACCGAUGUUUGGAUAUGUGCUACCGCGGAGUCAAUUAUAGAUGAGUGGUGGUACCACUCAUGCAGAAGAUGCACAAGCAAAAUGGAGGAGGUUCAUGGACAGUUUACUUGCAGCAAAUGUGCUCAUAAAUUUGGAAUUUAUCGGCCAUGUGACGCAUUGAGACGUGAAAUGAUUCAAAAGAAUUCUACAAGCAUUGAACUACCCGACGAAAUAGACAAUAUGAUUCAGAAAUCAUAUCUGUUUAAGGUGCGAAUUAGACAAAACAGGCGUAAUUUCAGGGGAGUAGAAUCAGCAUUUUUUGUUGUUAGGAUGAUUGCUGAUGAAAAUCUGGUAUCUAAGUACAGUCAGUGGGUUACCAUGAAAGAAGACUCGGACUUCUUGACUUUAUGUCUAAGUGAAGAGGCUAACAAUAGCAAGGACCCCAUUGGUGAAGAAGAGGUGUCAACACCUGUGAAGUCUCUCAAAGGUAAAGAGAAGAUCAGAGAGACUUCAAAUGCAAAGAAAAAUCUAAUGGACUCACUUGAAGAUGAGGUAGGAUUUGCGGCCCACUCAGCCAUUGCAGACAAGGGCAAAACGAAAGUGAUCGAGCACGAUGAUGAAACGAAGGACAACUUUGGUGAAGAACUGAGUGGCUAG